ACAGUUUUGCAAAAGGCCAUUCUGAAUCCGAGAUCAUGAAAAAAGGUAGAUGGUAUUCAAAUGCUUAUAAAACUUAUAUUAGAAAUCAGUGAAAUAUAUUUUAUCACAAUAGGGCAAGAAAAAAGUGUUUGGAUAGUCGGCUCAUCCAUUAUCAAGUGGGCUUUCCAACGAGCGAGCCUUUCACCCGAAAAAUCUCAUUUGGGUCUUAGACGUCUUAAUUAUCACAUCCUUUGGCAGGGCAAGGGUGGCCUAACUUGGAAAAAACUGUUUCCCCGCAUUCAGCUACUACUAAGGUAUGAACCAUCACCUGAUGUUUUAAUUGUUCACUGUGGUGGUAAUGAUAUAGGUAAUGUGCCUUUACUUGAUCUACGCUUAAUGAUGAAAGAAACAUUUCAAAUGAUUCAGUCUAAACUUCCAAAUACUAUCAUGGGGUGGUCUCAUAUUCUUCCCAGAUCUUCAUGGCGCUACAGUAAGAAUGUUAAAUCUCAAAAUCUCGCAGUCAAAAGAAUUAACAGUUUUAUGAGCAAAUUGUUUGUUGUUAAUAAUGGUUUUUAUAUCAGUUAUCCCGAGAUAUCUUGGGAUGCUAACGGAUUGUUUGUUAAAGAUGGUGUUCAUCUUUCCGACCUUGGCAAUGACAUUUUUCUAUAUAAUUUACAAAGUAAAUUGCAACAAGUCUGCUCUUCCAAUGGCGAACGUAGGUGCCGGUCAAUUUAAGCGUCGCUCAUCCUCCAAAAAUUUUUUUUUUUUGGCGGUGGUUGUUCUCCCUUUGCUUGAACAACCAUGUGGCGAUAUUUCGCGACGCUUUUGGCUUUCAUAGAUUUGAUAGCAUUAUUAUACUGAGUAUCUGUUCCCAGUACGAGUAUAAUUUUGUCUAUCUUUUUCAAUCAUAAAGCCAAUAAUGUAUAAUGUCAUAAUGU